UGGACAGCAUGGAGAUGAAAACAUUUUUCACCUGGCUGCUGCUCAACGUUUUCUUGCUUUUGACUGCACACUGUUCUCACAGUUACGCUUCAAAAACUGAUGCAGAUAUUACUGUCUUUCCAACCAGACUGCAGUUCUUUGAGUAUGAGUCCAUCUCUUUUAGCUGUGAUGGUUUAAAUCACCAGGCUAAAUGGAGAGGGGUAAGAAAUAUUGAAGAUUUCAUUCCAACAUGUACAAAUUACACAGUGACACCAACAGUGAACUGCACCAUAAAUAAUGCUUUUGAAACUGACACUGGAAAAUACUGGUGUGAAGAUGAAGACGGAUGGAAGAGCAAUGCUCUCAGCAUCACUGUCACUAUUGGUUCUGUGAUCCUGGAGAGUCCUGCUGUGCCUGUAAUGGAGGGGAAAACUAUCAAUCUGUACUGUAGAAAGAAGGCAGCUCCUCUAAACCAAACAGCUGAUUUCUAUAAAAAUGACUUAAAAAUUGGGACCAGCUAUUUUGGGAAAAUGACCAUCCACAAUGUUUCUAAAUCUGACGAAGGGCUCUACAAGUGUACCAUCUUGGAAGCUGGAGAAUCACCAGAAAGCUGGUUGAUUGUGAUAAAUAAGACUCUGGAAGAACAAAACCAAGAAGAUAUGACGGUGACCCUGGAGAGCCCUGCUCAUCCUGUGAUGGAGGGGGAAACUGUGGUUCUGAGCUGCCUAAACGAGACGUCUGCAAGCCUUCCAGCUGUCUUCUAUAAAGAUGGCCUCUUCAUUGGGACCAGCUCUGUGGGAAACAUGACCAUCCACCAAGUCUACAAGAGUCAUGAAGGACUUUACAAGUGCACAAUAUCUGGAGUAGGAGAAUCAUCAGAAAAAUGGCUGUUUGUCAGAGGGCUUCCCAGAGAGGCAUGUUUUUGUUCGGACCAAUUCUUUCACCUCCUCCUCCUUUUACGGGUCGUCCUAACUAUUGUGAUGGUAGCUCUGCUGAUACUGCUUGUGGGACUCCUCCACUGUGGGAAACUCGGAUCUAGACCAAAAAAGAACUCAUAG